AUGCACCCAUGCAAGACAUGUUCCGCUACGCAGCGACACACGCGUGAUGCAGAUGUCAUCGACAAGAAGAGUCAACUCAGUCAAGUCUCCGACCUGCGGCAAAGUCUGCAAGACAAGCACAAAGAUGAUGGCCAAGACUGCACGACACCAAGACAUCCAAAUGUCAUCGCUGGCAGUGCUGCAGUGACUGCACCAAUUCGAACAAAGGAACCACCCAUCGACCUUCGCUACGCCUCCUCGCGUGCUGGGCGUGUCUCGCGCCUCUUCUUCCACUUGUCUUUCCACGAAUGCCUUAUUACACUAUCCAGGUAG